AUGGGAGGAGAAGGAGAAGUAGGAGGAGAUGAAGGAGAAAUACGAGAAAAAGGAGGAGAGGGAGAAACAGGAGAAGGAGAAGUAGGAGGAAAUGAAGGAGAAAUAGGAGGAGAAAGAGAAGUGGGAGGAGAUGGAGGAGAAGGAGAAGUAGGAGGAGGAGAUAAAGUAGAAAUAGGCGGAGGAGAUGAAGUAGGAGGAGGAGGAGAUGAAGGAGAAAUAGGAAGAGGAGAUGAAGGAGAAAUAGGAGGAGAAGGAGAUAAAAGAGAAAUAGGAGGAUGCGGCGGAGGAGAUGAAGGAGAAAUAGGAGGAGGAGGAAGAAGAACUCAUUCACGAGAAAUUCUGAGUGAAACGUCAUCGCCAUUUAUAUGA